AACUCUCAUAUGUGACAUAUGUCUAUGAUAAACAUAACCUCAAAUAACAAAUCCUGAGGACUGAGAUUUUUCAAAUUAUGAGGAAAUGGAUAGCAGUGGCAGUGACGAGGAAAGCGAACGAAUGAUACGAGCAGCUCUCGACCCAGAGUUUAUGACCGACUUGAUCUUCAGCAACGGACAAGAGGGUCCAAUCGAUAAGGCUACUGAACCGUCUCUAAGGCGUCGAUGGGACGACGCCGACCAAUUCGACACCUUGGGUGUUACACCUCAGUUUCAAGCUCACGUCGCGAAGAAACUGUCGCAGAUGUUAGACAAAGAGUUAGAAAAGCGACUUACCACCAAGACCGGUGGCCCCAUCUGGCCAAGCUCCAAGAAAGGCGGCGUAAAAUUGUUUAAAAACUCGCCAAAACGGCUGAAGCUAAGCAAAACGAAGCCUAAGAGAGUCACUGUUGCUCCCUCCUCUAGUCAGAGCGACGACGAGGAGAGAUUUAGUGAGGCUGCUGUAAAUCCAGAGGACAUAUUGCGCAAAGUGGAAGUGACGAAUUGGUCAACGAAGACCAAGGGGGCCGUCUAUCAUUAUAAACAGAAAUCAAACGGGACACUUGCUUUUAUUACUUAAUAACUAAUAAAUACAAAUCUCCGCCUA